AUGUCACCCCAAACAAAAAUAGACCGAUCUUUCAGCGCCUUGACGCCUGCCUUGUCAGAAUGGAUACUCGAGGCUGUGGAUUCCAUGGGCUUCGUGAAAACCACGCCUGUGCAACAUGCAGCCAUCCCUAUGUUCAUGAAGAACUCUGAUGUUGUCGUCGAAGCCGUCACGGGGAGUGGAAAGACUCUAGCUUACCUGAUACCCAUAAUUGAGCGCUUGCUGCGACUUGAUGCACCCAUAAAAAAGCAUCACGUGGGUGCUAUUAUCAUCUCACCAACAAGAGAACUUGCAACACAGAUCCACACAGUACUCUCGUCACUUCUCAGGUUUCAUGCGCCCUCUGCAGCUCUGUUGGAUCCCGAAGAUGAAGACACCGAUAUGGAGGACGCGGAUGCUCCGCCAAAGCCGACUUUCCCGCCAGGGACGUUGAAGGUCAUACCCCAGCUUCUUCUUGGUGGAUCGGUAACGCCAGCCCAGGAUCUAAGUAGAUUUCUCAAGUCAUCUACCAACGUACUUAUCGGCACACCGGGACGCCUACUCGAACUCCUCUCCUCACCACAUGUGCAUUGCUCACAAUCAUCCUUCGAUGCUCUUGUACUUGACGAAGCCGACCGUCUUCUAGAUCUUGGCUUCAAGGACGACCUACAGAGGAUUCUCUCCCGACUACCGAAGCAACGCCGGACCGGUCUCUUCAGUGCUAGUGUUUCGGAGGCUGUCGACCAGCUGAUUCGCGUUGGGCUCCGGAAUCCCGUUCGUAUCGCAGUCAAAGUCAAGGCACGAGCUGCACCCAACAGUGCGACAGGUGAGAUGGGCGCCAUCGAAGACAAGAAAACACCAGCGAGUUUGCAAAUGUCCUACCUUACUAUACCCGCCUCGCAUAAGCUACCCGCUAUUAAGAAAGUGCUUUCGUCCUUACAGCCGCAGCCGCAAAAGUCCAUCAUGUAUCUGGCGACAUGCUUCUCGGUCGAUUACUUCCAACACAUAUUACCUGAAGUUCUUAAAGGGUAUACCAUCGUGCCUCUGCACGGCAAACUACCGGACAAAGUCAGAAACCGCAACUUCAUAAAAUUCGUCGAAAGCGUCACACCCUCCAUCCUUCUCACCACAGACGUCGCUGCUCGUGGUCUCGAUAUCCCGUCAGUGGAUCUUGUCCUUCAACUUGAUGCUCCAAGUGAUCCGAAAACUUUCAUUCAUCGCUGCGGACGCGCUGGUCGAGCAGGCCGCAAGGGCUUGGCCAUUACAUUCCUCAGUCCGGGACGAGAAGAAGAUUAUAUCGAGUUCCUCAGAGUUCGGCAGACUCCAGUAUCGCCUUUUACCACACCUGACGUUACGGUGACUGCGGAAGAGGCAGCAGCCAUGAGUAACCGGAUAAGAAAGGUGGUCAAGUCUGACAGGGCGUUGUUCGACAAAGCACAACGAGGAUUUGUCUCGUGGGUCCGCGCUUACAGCAAGCAUACUGCCAGUUCUAUCUUCCGUAUUCCAGACCUCGAUUGGACAGAGCAUGGUAACGCAUGGGGUCUGCUUAAGCUACCAAGCAUGCCAGAAUUGAAGAAGUGGGAAGGAGACCGGAGUUUAGGUGUGGUCAUGGAUUUCAGUACCUACGCAUACAAGGACAAAGCGCGGGAACAACAACGACAAGUCGAGCAGAGCGAGUACGAGGCAAACAAGGCCGAGGGGAAAAAGCGAUAUGUUACAGAAGAUAAAAAAGCCUCAGCGUGGACGCAGCAGAAGGAUCAGAAGGCACUCAAGGAACAACGGAGAGAGAAGAAGGCAGCGAAGCGCGAACAUGAUCGUGUGGCGGCGUUGACAGAAGAUGAGCGCAAGGAGGAGGAACGAGUAAAGGGCAUGAUUGAGCAGGUGCGAAAGAAGGUAGCGGCAAAAGAAGCACAAGAUGCGGCGGACGAGUUUCAAGGGUUUAGCGAUUGA